UUCUUGUUGUGUUUGGUUCCCCUAGGCCGGAUGUAACAAUAGGAAACAUGGAGCCUUUCUACUUCAGUGUUGAGGCUGAAUAAGUCUGACUGUGACAGGCCUCAUCAACAGGAAAUACAUGUCCUCUUCCACUCAUGUAUUUUUAAAGGCUUUAUAAGCCGUUCCUCUCAGCAGAUUCCAAACGCUCGCCAAAGAUGAAGGACUACCUGACAAACUUUCCCUCUGCAAAGCUCAGCAUCUAUGCUGCCGUCAUCGUGAUCUUUACUUACAAUGUGUUGCUGGAGAGAGACAUGGCAUGCACGUGUAAACCACAAACAAACGAGUGCAACUUACACAUGGGCCUGCCGUUCCUAGUCAUAUUUGUCCUGAUUCUUUGGAUGGAUAAGAAGUUUAGAAAAACCUGGAAAUACACCUGUACCUGUCCAUGCGGUACAUCUGGAUGCACAGACGUUUGUGAGCGGUGCUGCUGCAGCACAUUUCUGUUGGUUUUAGCCCGUCACAUGUUGAAGGCGGCUUUAGUUGGUCUGCUGUGGGUCGCCUCCGUGCUGAUCGAUGGACACUGGUAUGUUUGCUGUAAGAAUGAUCACUCUGAACAACAGGCACAGUUAGCCUGCAAAGACAAGCAACACAUCACAGCUGAGGAACAACAGAUCAUCGCUGAACUGAGAAACUUGUCAAAGACUAUCGGCUUCUCUAUUCUCUUCAGCAUCAUUCUUGCUGCAGCCCUGAUGUCUUUGAUUGGAUGGAGGAAAUGCUGUGAAGGGAAAUUAGGCUGUUGUGACAGAAAAGUUUUCUAUGACAAACUGAUUUUAGAAGAAGAGGGACAUGUACUGAAAGAGAUUUUGAGAACUGCAGCAAAAGAAAAGUUGACUGUGACCAUCACUGAGAAAAUCUGUGAAAAAAGAUGGAAGGAAUGCUUCGAUGCUGCUCAGGCAGUGAUGAAAUGUGGCGAGCCAACACUUUCUGAACAAGUACGACAACAGUGGAGCAAAAGAAAUGACGAACACGACACAGAACUCUGAGCUCAGCAUGUCUGCUCCACUCACCAUAAAUAUAAGUAUAUAUAAAACAAGUGUAUGUAUAAAAACACAUUUAUUGUAUGCUGC